UCGGGAGAGCUUCAGUGGAGGCUUGGCAUGGUUGGCAUGCGGAAAGCUGGUAGAAUGUUGUUGGAAUUUUCCGGGGAGGCACAUGCACGACACCCAAAAUGACUCCCGGCUCCGGUGGCCGAAGGUCAGUGCUUCUUGCCAGGCGCCCGGGUCUGUUUCAGAAAGUGCCGCCAAACUCCUGGACAAGACCCCGUUCUCAGUCCGUAACCCGAACCCUCUGCUCCCUUCGCCUGCCAGUCUCCAGCUGGCCCAGCUGCAGGCCCAGCUCACCCUCCACCGGCUGAAGUUGGCACAGACCGCUGUCACCAACAACACUGCAGCUGUCACAGUCCUGAACCAAGUCCUCUCCAAAGUGGCCAUGUCUCAGCCUCUCUUCAACCAGCUGAGACACCCAGCUGUGCUCAGCGCCCCCCACGGCCCUGCUGCAGUGCCCCAGCAUGCUGCAACCAUCGCCGGCACGCGGUUCCCCUCGAAUGCAAUGGCCUUCUCACCUCCCAGCCAAACACGAGGCCCAGGACCCCCUGUGAGCCUCCCCAGCCAACCUCCCAGUGCCAUAGUGGUGCAUCCUUUCAGUGGGGUGAUGCCCCAGACCCCUGCCCAGCCAGCAGUCAUCCUGGGCAUUGGCAAGGCUGCGCCUGCUCCGGCUACUGCGGGAUUCUACGAGUAUAGCAAAGCCAACCCCAGCCAGGCAUAUGGCUCCGAAACAGAUGGUCAACCUGGCUUCCUGCCAGUCUCGGCCUCCGCCUCGGGCAGCGUGACCUAUGAAGGGCACUACAGCCAUGUGGGGCAAGAUGGCCAGGCUGCCUUUUCCAAAGACUUCUAUGGACCCACUGCCCAGGGGUCCUCUGUGGCAGGGGGAUUUCCAGCUGAGCAGGCAGGGGGCAUGAAAAGCGAGAUGGGGCCUCUGCUGCAGGGCGCAAACAGCCAGUGGGAGAGCCCUGCCGGGUUCUCUGGGCAAGGCAAGGCUGAUCUUGCAGCAGCUCCCAACCUGUGGCCUCCACCCCCCGGCCAGCCCUAUGAACUGUACGACCCUGAAGAGCCCACCUCAGACAGGACCCCCCCUUCCUUCGGGGCGCGGCUCAACAACAGCAAGCAGGGUUUUGGCAGUGCACGGCGGGCCAAGGAGGACCAGGCCAUGCUGUCUCUGCGGCCCUUGCAGGCUCAAGAGCUGAACGAUUUCCACGGUGUGGCGCCCCUCCACUUGCCGCACGUCUGUAGCAUGUGUGACAAGAAGGUGUUUGACUUGAAGGACUGGGAGCUGCAUGUGAAAGGGAAGCUGCACGCGCAGAAGUGCUUGGUCUUCUCUGAAAAUGCCGGCAUCCGGUGUGUGCUCGCUUCAGCAGAUGGAACUCUGUGCGCCUCCCCCAGCAAUGCAGCUGUGUAUAACCCGGCUGGGAACGAAGAUUAUGCCUCAAAUCUCGGGACGUCUUUUGUGGCCAAUCCAGCAAGGUCCUUUGUCCAUUCGAAUCCUACACUUCCGUCGGCUGCCUCAGGGACAAGUUUUGCACAGCGGAAAGGCACUGGCCGAGUGGUGCACAUCUGCAAUCUCCCGGAAGGAAGCUGCACGGAGAAUGAUGUCAUUAACCUGGGGCUGCCCUUUGGGAAGGUCACGAAUUACAUCCUCAUGAAGUCCACUAAUCAGGCCUUUUUGGAGAUGGCUUACACAGAAGCUGCCCAGGCCAUGGUCCAGUACUAUCAAGAAAAAUCUGCUGUGAUCAAUGGUGAGAAGUUGCUCAUUCGGAUGUCGAAGAGAUACAAGGAACUGCAGCUGAAGAAACCCGGGAAAACCGUGGCUGCUAUCAUCCAGGACAUCCACUCCCAGAGGGAGAGGGACAUGUUCCGGGAAGCAGACAGGUAUGGCCCAGAACGGCCGCGUUCUCGCAGUCCUGUGAGCCGGUCUCUGUCCCCGAGGUCGCACACUCCAAGCUUCACCUCCUGCAGCUCUUCCCACAGCCCUCCAGGGCCUUCCCGGGCUGACUGGGGCAAUGGCCGGGACUCGUGGGAGCACUCUCCCUAUGCCUGGAGGGAGGAAGACCGAGACCCCGUGCCCUGGAGGGAGAAUGGGGAGGACAAGCGGGACAGGACAGACACAUGGGCACACGACCGCAAACACUACCCCUGGCCCCUGGACAAGGCUGAGCUGGAUGAGCGCCUGGAAGGAGGGAGGGGACACCGGGAGAAGUACCUGCGGUCUGGGUCCCCCAGCCCCCUCCACUCUGCGUCCAGCUACAAGUGCCGGGAGGAUGGCUACUACCGGAAAGAGCCCAAAUCCAAGUCGGAAAAGUACCUAAAGCAGCAGGAUGGUCCCGGGAGGUCCAGGAGGAAAGAAGAGGCCAGACUACGGGAGAGCAGACACCCCCACCCCGAUGACUCAGGCAAGGAAGACGGGCUGGGGCCCAAGGUCACUAGAACCCCUGAGGGCACCAAGUCAAAGCAGAGUGAGAAAAAUAAAACCAAGAGACCUGAUAGAGAUCAAGAAGGAGCUGAUGAUAGAAAAGAAAGCAAAAUGGCAGAGAAUGAGGCUGCAAAAGAAGAACAGGAGGGCAUGGAAGAAAGCCCUCUGUCAGUGGGCAGACAGGAGAAAGAGACAGAGUUCUCUGAUCCAAAAAAUGCAAGGGCGAAGAAGGAACAAGAUUGGGAGAGUGGAAGUGAGGCAGAGGGAGAGAGCUGGUACCCUACCAACAUGGAGGAACUGGUCACGGUGGAUGAGGUGGGGGAAGAAGAAGAUUUUAUUAUGGAGCCAGACAUCCCAGAGUUGGAAGAAAUUAUGCCCAUUGACCAGAAAGACAAAAUCUGCCCUGAAAUCUGUCCCUGUGUGACGACCACCUUAGACUUGCAAAUGGCCACAAAUUUGGAUUUCAUUAACGAGGGAGUAAAGACCAUCGGGAAUGGGGCUACAGAAAUUGGCUUCAAGUUGCCCGGACAACUGCCUUCUGCUUCCAUGAGCUGUCCCAGUGACACGAACGUGGAAGUGGCUGGCCUAAAUCUGGAUGCUGAGCGGAAGCCAACUGAAAGUGAGACAGGCCUCUCACUGGAGGGUUCCAACUGCUUUGAGAAGGAGGCAAAGAGAGCGGAGAGCUCAGAUGUGUGUCUGGCCCCUGCAGCCCAGCAAAUGUCUUCUCCCCAGCCAGCAGAGGACAGGGCCCAGCAGCCUAGCCCCCUUCCGGAUGACUGCAAGGCCAAGGGGAUGCUCGAAGAUGGGGCUUGCGAAGGGAGUCCCCAGGAGGAGGAAGCCAGCCCCCCCACCGAAACUGACCUCCAAAGCCAGGAUUGCCAAGGAGUGGUGACCGAGGAAAACUCCAGGUACACGGAAAUGAAAUCUCUGGACGUGAGAUCACCGGAAUACACCAAAGUGGAGCUGAAAGAACCCCUUUCUUUGCCUUCGUGGGAGCCAGAGGAUGUGUUCAGUGAACUUAGCAUUCCUCUAGGUGUGGAGUUCGUGGUUCCCAGGACUGGCUUUUAUUGCAAGCUGUGUGGGCUGUUCUACACCAGCGAGGAGGCUGCGAAGGUGACCCAUUGUCGCAGUGCCAUCCACUACAGGAACUUGCAGAAGUACCUGUCCCAGCUGGCCGAGGACAGCCUGAAGGAGGCGGGAGGGGCAGGCAGCCCGAGGCCCGAGGACAGCGGAAUGGUGCCACACUUCCAAAGGAAAAAGCUCUGACCGCUGCUGCCCCUGCUGCCGCUAGAAGCUAGAAGAGGAAGCUCGCCAAGGUGGGGCCCGUCUGUCUAACGCAGAAGAGAAAUGAAAGCCAUGCAGGGCACGCGGCCUACUCGUUCCCGAGAUCAGUAGAACCCCUGACCGAGUCCCCCUGGCACGUCCGGCCUGCAGAGGGCUCUCUCCCUGCUGACCCUGCUUCUCCCCCAGAACCUUUCAGUUUGCUUUUCUUCUCUCUUCCUUUGUCCCCUUCCUCUUCCCUCUCCCUCCUCCUAUGCCAAGAAUCAUUUUGUUUUCAUAAAAUCGAACUUCUCAGGGAUUUCAUGGUGUUUAAAUUCUUGAUUGGAUGUAGCAGGUCAGGUCCGACUGAGUCUGGAGAGCCCCUUCCGUGAGGUUUUUUUUUGGUACUGGGGAUCGAUCUCAGGUCCUUGUGCUUCCAAGGCAGGUGCCGGAACCACUGAGCUACAUCCCCAGCCCUCCUUCGGUGAAUCUUUAGCCAAUCUCAGCCUGGCACCCGUGUGUCCUGUGUGUACCCCUCGCAGGGGCGCUGCUGAAUCAGGCUCUGCACACCUGAGAGGGCCACCAAAGAGAACCAAGGGGCAGAAGUGGGGGUGGUUUCUGUGUACAUCGCUUCUUCCAGCUGGAUCCCGCCUUGAAAAAAACACUGCCUUUUAGUUUUGUGGGGUUUUG